AUGUGGCGCACUGCCUCGGCAUCAUCACCGUCGGCGGCCGACGGACCACCGGGGCGCGAUCACCACCACUACCACCACCGCCGCCCCGUCGCCUUCCUCGAGCCCAAGCCGCCGAUCAGCGUCCGCCUCAAUGCCGCCUUCUUCCUCUUUGGCCUGCUCAACAACUCGCUCUACGUCGUCAUCCUCACCGCCGCCCUCGAGCUGCUGCCCCAGGGCGUGCCCACCGGCCUCGUAUCGCUCGCCAACAUCCUCCCGGCCCUGGUCGCAAAGGCCGUCUGGCCCUACGUCCUCAAGGGCACCGUCAGGUACACGAAGCGCAUCUGGGCAUGUGCCGGCCUCAGCUUCGUCGGCAUGAUGGUCAUCUCGAUGUUUCCCUCGCUCGUGAUGCGGCUGCUCGGCAUCUCGCUCGCCUCGUUCUCCUCGGGCCUCGGCGAGCUCACGUUCCUGCAGCUCAGCACGCGCUACGCUCCCAAGCCGGCGGCGGCAAGGGGACGGUCGCGCCGGGGCGUGCCGACGAUCUCGCAGGGCAACUACGCCGGCGACGGCGUCGGCUGGUUCGCCUCGGGCACGGGCGCAGCGGGCCUCGUCGGCGCGGCCGCCUGGUGGAUCGUCCGCCCGCUCGGCGUCCAGACCGGGGGGCAUGAUGACGAUGGAGACGGCGACGACGCCGACGCAGCUCCAAGGGUCGACGAGCACGGCCGCCUCGUCUCUUCGGACCGGCGGUCGCUCGAGGUGGUGCCCGAGCCGGUGGCCGACAGCGCGACUGGCGCCCACAUCCUGCUCGCGCCCGCCGCCGACGACGGCAAGGAGGGCGCGCGGGCGAUCAAGGUCCGGCUGAGCUUUGCGGAAAAGAUGGAGCUGCUCAGGCCGAUGCUGUGGCCCUACAUCCUGCCGCUGGUGACCGUCUACUUUUCCGAGUACACGAUCAACCAGGGCGUGGCGCCGACGCUCAUCUACCCGCUGCCGACGCGGGCGCAGCACCCGCUGCUGUCGCGCAUCAUCCGCAAGCUGAGCGACUACUACCCGCUCUACCAGCUCGUCUACCAGACGUUUGUCUUUAUCUCGCGCUCGUCGGUCUCGAUCCUGCGGCUGCCGGCCAUCCCAAAGCGCUUCCUGUGGCUGCCGGCGAUACUGCAGACGGCGCUGCUGCUCGUGCUGGCCAGCGAGAGCCUGCACGCGUGGUUCCGGCCCAGCAUCGCCAGCCCGCUCGUCAUCGUCCUCAUCUGCAUCGAGGGCCUGGCGGGCGGCGGCGCCUACGUCUCGGUCUUUUACUCGAUCGGCCUCAACGAGGAGCGCGCCGCGUCGGUGCGGCUGCCGGACGGGGACGACGACGACGAGGAGGACGCCGCGGACCCGGACCACCCAAAGGCGGCCUACGAGGCAGCGCGACGGGCGCAGGAGCACGAGUUCCGCAUCGGAUGCGUCGGCUUUGGCGACAGCCUGGGCAUCCUGGUCGCUUCGCUCGUCUCGAUGCCGCUCCAGGUAGACCUGUGCAACCGGCAGGUGGCCAGCGGCAGGAGCCUGUGCAAGCAGGUCUAG